UUGUCCCGUCAGGCCUUCAAUUGGGAGUCGCACCGCCAGCGACUGUACAGGCAACUCUCGGGUCGGGUGAAGGACAUUUCGGACGCAGGCUUCACCGCCGUUUGGAUGCCGCCGCCGUCGGAUAGCGUCAGCCCACAGGGUUACCUGCCCCGUGACCUUUACAGCCUGGACUCCGCGUACGGCAGCGAAGGGGAGCUGCGCGACCUCAUUGCCUCGUUCCACCAGCACAACAUCAAGGUUAUUGCCGACAUUGUCGUUAACCACCGGUGUGCCAACAGCCAAGGCAGCGACGGGAAGUGGAACAAGUUCGGAGGGCGCCUGGCCUGGGACGCCUCCGCGAUUUGCUCCAACAAUCCUGCGUUCGGAGGCCGGGGUAACCCUAAGCAAGGCGACGAUUAUGCUGCCGCACCUAACAUUGACCACUCGCAGGAGCGGAUCCGCAAUGACAUCAUCAACUGGAUGAAGUACCUGCGCAACUCCAUUGGCUUUGAUGGCUGGCGCUUCGACUUCGUGCGUGGCUACCUGGGCUCGUACUGUAAAACAUACAUUGACGAGACCGUGCCCGCCAUGGCGUUUGGCGAGUACUGGGACAGCUGCGAGUAUACGGACGGCGUGCUCAACUAUAACCAGGACGCCCACCGCCAGCGGACUGUCAACUGGUGUGACUCCACCGGCGGCACUUCGGCCGCGUUCGACUUCACCACAAAGGGUAUUCUACAGGAGGCGGUUGGUCGACGAGAGUACUGGCGACUGGUGGACAGUCAAGGUCGUCCUCCGGGUGUGAUGGGCAUGUGGCCCUCGCGUGCAAUCACUUUUAUCGACAACCACGACACCGGCUCCACCCUUAACCAUUGGCCCUUCCCCUCUCGCAACCUGCCGGAGGGCUAUGCCUACAUCCUGACUCACCCGGGUACACCCUGCGUUUUCUACGACCAUUUUUACCAGGAGGACGGCGGCCUGCGCAAGUGCAUUCUGGAGUUGUUGGGGGUCCGGAAGCGGAACGGUGUUAAUGCCAGGUCUAAGGUGGUGGUGAAGAAGUCCGCUGCGGACGUGUACGCUGCCGUUAUCGACGACAAGGUGGCCGUGAAGAUAGGGCCCGGGGACUGGUCCCCCAACCACGCGGGCGUACGGACCAAUGGCAAAGAUAUGAAGAUGGCAAGCAGCGGCUACCAGUUUGCGGUGUGGGAAGCGCAAUGAGCGUUGUGCAAGGAGACACGGCAGAAACUGCAGGAGGUCAAGUCUGCCUGUAAGGCGCUGUGGGGUGGAAUGGGCCCAAUGCGAUCUGUUGCACGUCGAGCGGUAUGCAUGUUCGCCGGUUAACUGGAUGCUGCAUUGGCUGUCCGCUUUCAUACGGAUUGCUGGAACAUGUGCUAGAGGUUGGAGCAUGGAUCGCUGCGGCAGCAGACUGGAGGUUCGCAUGAAUUCCGUCUGAUGCGACGACAGUUGCAGCACAGGUGCGCUCACUUUCUUGUAAUGCGGCAUUUUCGUUUGUCGGCAUGUGCGAAUGUGCAAAGG